UUAAAAGAGAAACUUAGCAAAGGGGUUGCUGAAGUUUUUAGUGAUAAGAUAUCCCGUCCAAAUGGUAAGCUAGCAAUGACAUUUAAUCUUGAGAUAUUUAUUCAAAAUUGAGUUAUGACUACUGUAUUCAUUAUUUAUUUUCAUGUGCUUGUCAUGACACCAUAUAUAUCAUUCCAAACACACAAGUUACAUACUGCAACUCUGUAACCCAUAUUGUAGUGUCUCAAAAAAGAAUGGCCAAAUCAACUCCGGAGCAAAUGACUUGCGAGACACCAUCCACUAACAGUGACAAUACAAUUGAAGCAGUUACGGGCAACAAAAGGACUAGAAAGUCUCUGUUUUCGGAUCAGGUUGAUGCUAAUGAAGUCGAGCAAUCUGCAAGACCAUGCAGAGCACAGCAACUUUUGAAAAGGCUUGAUGUAAUCAGUAGUGGAACCAAGCAUGAUGAUGUUGUGCAGCAGGAAAUUCUUGCUCCAUUACAAACGCUUCGCAAAUCAAAUGUUCUUAUUAACAUGAGACCAUUGACCAAACUGCAAUCUUGUCAGGAGUUUUCUUUGGACUUGCUGGAAGAGAUAGCAGAGCGUAUCCCCUUCCUGAUGAAGAUACUAAUUCAGCUAGUUGGCAAGAUGUCAGUGACAAAAUUAGGACCACUCGCUGCAGUCAUUGGGAUUAUUUUGUUCCAGCAAAAUCAUAUGGCCUCAGCUUUCCAAAGACUUGUAUCCCUUGUUUGCUUGAGGGGUCAGAUGGAAGAUAGUGCACUUAGUAGGCUAAACCAUUUCGGACAAUGUCUUGCACCAACAAGCAAGAUCAAUCUCCAGGAUGAAGCUGGGAAAUCAUCUAAAAUGCAGAUCAUUAAGUUUCUGAAACAUAACCCAAUGAUCAAAAUUACAGGAGACAACCUUGAUGUUAUGGUGAGAUCGGCACACCUUUCUUUAAGCAACCCCAACCGAUCUUUGCAUUUGUUUGCCUCCAAUAUGAUAUUUCCUAGAGUUGCACAUCCGACAAUAGGAUUAUCAAACGACAAACCAAUACCUGCAGUGGUCCAAGAACGGGAUUUUAUUUUGAACGAAACUGAAAAAAACCAGAUGAUGCAAUGCUACAAGGUCUUGAUAAGCCGUAUCUUGAAGGCAGAGGAUGGAUUUAGGUGGAUAGAGGCAUUUGAAGGAAAUCGUCAUUUUGAGUACUCUAGCCAAAUGAAGAAGAAAUCAAAAGUUGUACAGCUCCCCAUCAUGCUAAAGAAUGAGACCAAGCAUGAAGAUUACCUAAGUAUUUUAGACGAGAUUGAGGAGACUGUUACAAGUCAUUUUAUUGAAGCAUUUGGUAAUUUAACGUGCAAAUUUGUUUAGUUUUGUUAUUGCAAUUGGUUGUCGUCCGUCGUGGUGCAUCAUCUGUCGUGCGUUAACAAUUGAACAUUUUUAACUUCUUUAUAACUACAAUGUACCAGUCCAAUUCUUUUCAAAUUUGGUAU